GUGACAUCAGUGUCUCACCAGGCAGCAGUUCAGCCAACACUGGUGGAUCCAUUACUCUUACUUCAGGAGUUGGAACUGCCGCAACAGGCGGAAAGACCUCAGUCGUUGGAGGUGCUGGCAGCUUUGGGGGAAGCGCACUCGUGACGGGCGGGGCUGGAACGGCCAACACUGGUGGUCAAGUCGUUGUAAUAUCGGGUGUGGGUGCUGCAACUGCUGCUAGUGGCGCCAUAGUGCUGUCUUCCAGCGGUGGUGCCAGUACCAGUGGUUCUUUGAUGUUGGCAACUGGAACCGCAACAGCUGGAACAGGUGGAAGUGUCGCUCUUUCCGCGGGUGGAGGUACUGCAGGCUUGGGAGGUGCAGUAUCUGUCGUGGGCGGUGCGAGUACAACUUCGACUGGAGGGCUCACUUCUGUCACUGGUGGCCAAGGCACCUUGGGAGGUAAUGUGGCUGUCACAGGUGGUGUGGGUACCACUAGCACUGGCGGCGCUGUUCUUAUCACCGGCGGAGCUGGGACCGGUAGUACCGGUGGCAACAUUCAAUUGGUUAGUGGUGCUGGUGCUACGACGUAUGCAAGUGGCUCGAUUUCGGUGGCUAGCAUUGGCGGAGGCGUGUAUCCAACUGGUGCUGUGACCCUGAGCACUGGCCCGUCGUCGUCGGCUGCUGCAGGUACAAUUGGCCUUUCGGUCGGAUCAAGUGGUUCCGGUAUUGGAUCAGCUCUGACACUGACAGCGGGUACAAGUACGGCGGCCAGAGGGGGCAAGGUGACCAUUACUUCGGGCACUGGGGCUCAAGGUGGAGCUGUCGAAUUGGUUGGUGCUGUUUCCGCCACCACAACCGGCGGAGCUAUCAGUCUAACCUCUGGUGGCGCGCCAACUGGAACCACCAGUGGCGCAAUCACCCUCUCCACUGCCGGAAACGACUACACAAGUGGUGCUAUUCAACUGACCACUGGUACUUCUACAAAUGGAAACGGAGGCACCAUCAGUGCUGCCGUCGGGGCGAGUUCUACGGGCAUUGGUGGUCAAAUCAGCUUGAUUGGUGGUCUCAGCACUGCUUCCACUGGUGGCAAAGUUUCUGUGUCAGGGAAUACUGGUACCGCAGGCGGCAACGUCGAGCUCACAGGCGGAACCGCAAGCAGUAAUACAGCGACCGGUGGGUCGAUUGCACUAACCUCAGGCCAAGGAGGGUCAAAGAGCGGAAAUGUGCUUCUCACCACCAAUGGCGGUGCGUAUACAAGCGGAACGAUUACCUUUGCGACCGGCACUGCAACAUCGGUUGGAAAUAGUGGGAACAUUGUUGCGACUGCUGGUGGAAGUGCCGUGGGUAACGGCGGGGGUAUCACUCUUACGGGGGGUCUGGGCACGUCGUCUACUGGUGGGAAAGCUAGUGUCGUCGGCGGAGCAGGCGGCGUGGGCGGCAAUGUUGAACUGACUGCCGGAGCCGGAAGUGCGACCUUUGGUGGCAGCAUCGCUUUGGCGUCUGGUGCUGGUACGACUGCUUCUGGCGCGAUCGCAUUGUCGUCUACAGGUGGAUCGUUUGCCAGUGGCGGCGUUUCCUUGACAACGGGAGAUUCUGCGUCCGCAAAUGCAGGUGCUAUUACAGCUACUUCUGGUCGAAGUGCCACUGGAAAUGGACCAGAUGUGACGUUGACAGCUGGCAUCAGUUCGGCUGCCACUGGCGGAAAGAGUUCCGUCAAUGGAGGGUCGGGAACUGUCGGUGGUGAUGUUCAACUUUCAGGCGGUAGUGGCUCCAAUACUGGUGGCAGUAUCACGCUAUUUGGUGGUGUCAGCAGUACAAGUACGGGAGGUAGCAUCCGUGUUACAACUGGCCAAGGGGCGACUUCGUACGGAAGCGGGGCGAUUGUCCUGUCGACUUUGUCCGGUCCAAGCACAAGUGGAGCCAUCUCGCUGACUACGGGUACCCCUGUGGCCGGAGCUGGUGGUAACAUCGCAGCAACUGUGGGAGAUACAUCUACCGGAAUUGGUGGAAGUAUUGCAUUCUUGUCAGGAAAAAGUGCUGACGCGGCUGGUGGCAAAACGAGCUUCACUGGUGGUGAUGGUGCUGUCGGCGGUAACAUUGAGAUGACUGGAGGAACUGCAACAGGCACUAUCGGCGGUCAAGUUCUACUGACGAGUGGUGCCGGGGCAACGUCCUCCACAAGCGGCCAAGUUCAAGUUUCAACCACGGGUGGUGCAAUCAGCAGCGGUGGAAUUUCGAUACUGACCGGAUCGAGCACGGCUGGGUCUGGUGGUAAUUUUGCUGUGUCAAUUGGCGAUAGCUCUGCAAGCAUUGGAGGAAGUUCCACUAUUACAGCCGGUUUGAGUACUACUGCUGAUGGUGGCAAAAUUGCCCUUCAGAGCGGAUCUGGAACCAUCGGAGGAAAUCUUGAGUUGACUGCUGGUACUGGAAGCGAUGCGGCUGGUGCUGGCGGCAAGGUUCUUAUUUCAAGUGGCGAAGGCAGUGCUAGCACUGGCGGUGCUAUUAAACUCAUCACUGGUGCUGGUGCUUCAACCAAGGCUAGCGGUGAUUUGACGUUGAGCACUUUGGCGGGUGCAACAACUAGUGGCAAGAUUAACUUGGUGACUGGCGACGCGUCAACUGGUGCUGGUGGUGCCAUUGGGUUGACGGCUGGCAGUAGCACUGGUGUUGCUGGAAGUUCCGUGAUGUUACAAUCUGGCGCUAGCACUGACAAUACCGGAGGGCAAGUUGCCAUUAAUGCAGGUCAAGGAUUGGCUGGGGGCGUGAUCCAGCUCAGUGCAGGCACCGGGUCCACUGGUGUUGGUGGGCACAUUUCGUUGGUCAGUGGAAUCGCUGCCACUGCCUCAGUCAGUGGGGAGAUUAAGCUCUCAACUGUGGGUGGCGGUUUCACUAGUGGUGCACUAUCAGUCACUUCUGGGGAAUCCACUGCCGGAAAUGGUGGCAAUAUUGCGGUCACAGUUGGCGCCAGUACCACUGGCCUUGGUGGGACCAUCACGUUAACGUCUGGAAGUACAAGCGCGUCCACUGGUGGAAAGUUGUCGGCGUUUGGAGGCGCUGGCACGGUUGGUGGAAAUGCUGAAGUUACGGGUGGCAGUGCAGGCGGUGGGACUGGAGUGGGUGGCGGCAACGUCAUCUUAACAGGGGGUGCUGCUACAAUCACAACCGGUGGUAGUAUUAACUUGGUCAGUGGUUCCGGAGGCAGCGCCGCCGCCAGUGGCAAAGUCACAUUGUCAACUCUUGCAGGGGCAAGCUCAAGUGGGGCUUUGUCCUUGACGACUGGUGCUGCAUCUGCUGGCGCUGGAGGUGCUCUUACCGCUUUGGUUGGCUCGACGUCGACUGGGGCUGGAAGUGCAAUUUCACUUACAGCAGGCAUCAGUGGAGACAACUCUGGCGGAAAAGUUCGAGCGACUGGUGGGCAAGGUGUGACCGGCGGAGGUGACAUCGAAGUUACAAGUGGAGCUGCUACAACCGGCAAUGGCGGGAACAUUAUCCUAACAAGUGGAGCCGCUGGAAGCUCGUCUACGAGUGGAACCAUUGGUUUAUCGUCUGCGACUGGUGCAUUCAACACCGGCGGUGUGAACAUCGUGUCCGGCGCUGCUACUUCUGGGUCAAGUGGCGGUAUCAUCGCCUCUGUUGGAUCAUCGUCAACUGGAAUCGGUAGUACGAUUUCGCUGACGGCUGGCGCUAGUGGAAAUGCGGCUGGUGGCAAAAGCUCCAUUCUUGGUGGCGCAGGCACAGUCGGUGGUAAUGUGGAGCUCACUGCAGGAGUGGGUAACACUCUCAAUGGCGGAGCAAUCUCGCUGGCUGGGGGUAGCUCCACGACGGCUAUCGGUGGUGGAAUCAACGUUGUUACUGGUACUGGUGCCACAGGUCAAGCCAGUGGUGCUGUGUCCAUUUCGUCUGCCGGUGGAGGACCUUCUAGUGGUCAAAUUCGCAUCUCAAGUGGAACAUCCACGGCUGCGUCCGGCGGGAACAUCGCGUUAUCCGUCGGUGGCAGUAACACCAGUGUCGGCGGCACGAUGACCUUGACGUCAGGCGCAAGCGCGGCUGCCGUUGGCGGUGGUACGACUGUUUCUGGAGGCGGUGGCACUGGAGGUGGUACCGUGACCAUCAAUGGUGGCGACGGCUCCACUACUAAUGGCGGUGCAGUCUUGCUCAAUGGUGGAGCGGGUUCCUCUGGUAUUGGUGGCGCACUUCGCCUUACAAGCGGCGUGGGGUCUGCCACGGCAAGCAGUGGAUUAAUUGUAUUGGCAUCGGCGGAUAACGGUGGCUCCAGUGGAGCCAUUUCGUUUACAACUGGAGUUGCGUCCGACGGGACUGGUGGCGGCGUCAGUGCCAAUGUCGGAAGCAGUUCCGGAACUAACCCUGGAGGCGCCAUUUCUCUUGUGUCGGGGCCGAGUGCGUCGGCUUCAGGAGGCAAUGCUGGCAUCACUGGUGGUGCUGGCACCGCGGGUGGUGAGAUUCAACUCACCGGUGGUGCGGCAACGACUAACACGGGUGGAAGUAUUCGUUUAAGCGGCGGGACAUCUUCAGCUUCUACUGGAGGUGGAAUUUUCAUUACCACGGGCACAUCAACUGGCACGGCUGCAAGUGGAGAUAUACAACUAUCCACGGCUUCUGGAGCGUUCCCAUCUGGUGGGAUUGGCUUGUCCACUGGUGCGUCGUCGUCAGGAGUUGGUGGCUCUAUUUCUGCUUUGGCUGGUUCCAGCAACACUGGCCUCGGAGGUUCCAUCUCCUUCACGGGCGGUAUUGGCAGUGCGUCUACUGGAGGAAAGAGCUCGAUCGUCGGAGGUCAAGGCACUGUUGGCGGAAGCGUUGAAGUCACAAGUGGCGUUGGGUCAUCCUCAACCGGAGGUCAAAUUGUACUAACCACGGGUGGUGGCUCUGCGUCUCAAGGUAGCGGUGCCGUUUCUCUUUCGACAACUGGUGGAGCGUUUUCCUCUGGUUCAAUUUUCGUCACCACUGGCACAUCCACUGGUGGUAGUGGGGGUGCUAUUAGUGCUGCCGUGGGGGCCAGCAGUACUGGCAUUGGCGGCCAAGUGAGUUUGAUUGCAGGCUCAAGCUCCGCUUCGACGGGUGGAAAGGUGUCCAUUUCUGGUAAUUCAGGCACUGUUGGAGGCAAUAUCGAGUUCAAUGGCGGUUCGGCAACCUCAACGACAGGCGGGAAUAUCCAGCUCUCGUCUGGCCUUGGAGGCACCCGAAGUGGCGAUGUGGCGUUGUCAACUAGUGGCGGUGCAUUUACCAGUGGAUCGAUCACCCUCACCACAGGCACAGCGACAUCCACUGGCAACAGUGGCAGUAUUACUGGAUUGGCAGGAACCAGUGCUGUGGGCAUUGGUGGGGCCAUCACACUGACAGCUGGUGUCAGUGCUGCUUCAACCGGAGGCAAAUCGAGUGUUUUUGGUGGUCAAGGGACAAUUGGCGGCAAUGUGGAAUUCACAGGGGGUGUGGGUACGUCGACCACGGGUGGCAGUGUGUUGUUGACGAGUGGUGGUGGCGCAUCGUCAUCAUCCAGUGGAAGUAUCUCAAUGUCGACAACUGGUGGAGCGUUCAGUAGUGGCCAGCUAUCGCUAGUCACUGGAGGCUCAACAUCUGCGUCUGGAGGGGCCAUUGGGGCUGUUGUUGGUGGUAGUACCACAGGCGUUGGAGGGUCCAUCACCUUGACGUCUGGAAGUAGCACAGCCUCCACUGGUGGUAAAACUUCCGUCACAGCGGGUUCGGGUACUGUCGGUGGUAGGUUCGAGGCUACUGGUGGCGCCGGAUCAAGCACCGGAGGCUCAAUCCUAUUGACUGGUGGCGCGAGCACGGGGAGUACCGGAGGGUCAAUGACUUUCGCUACUGGUGCUGGUGCUGCCACGUAUGCCAGUGGUGGCAUUACGCUUUCAACCUCAACUGGACCAAGUACCUCUGGAGUAAUUGCGCUGACAACGGGAACACCUACCGCUGGCAGUGGUGGUGCUGUGACCAUAUCCGUAGGUGGGAGUGUAACCGGCAUUGGCUCUGCGAUCACAGCAACUGCCGGUGCCAGCACUGCGUCCACAGGUGGCAAGAAUGCCAUAUUUGGUGGCGCCGGUACGGUUGGAGGCAACGUCGAACUGACCAGUGGGACAGGAUCCGCUGGUUUGGGCGGGACCAUUGCCUUGCUCGGAGGGGCUGGGGGGUCGACUGCUACUAGUGGCGGUAUCACGUUGUCGACAAGUGGAACGUCUGCUUCCAGUGGCGCAAUCUCGUUGGCUACGGGGGCUGGUGCGAACGGUGUGGGCGGUGGUAUUACCGCUAGCGUUGGUGCCACCACGGCAGGAAUUGGAGGUGUUAUUUCACUGAGUGCUGGAACUGCAUCAGCCUCAACCGGCGGCAAAGCGUCGCUUUUCAGUGGUGCUGGUACGACGGGUGGCAACUUUGAACUCACGAGUGGGGCUGGAAGUGCCAACACUGGAGGUCAAAUCGUCGUGGUGACUGGUACCGGUGCCGCAGCUGCUGCCAGUGGUGCACUUACCUUGUCUACCGCUGGAGGCACAAGCACAAGCGGCGCAGUGACGUUGGCUUCCGGAGCUGUGACUGCAGGAUCGGGUGGUAGUGUGACUGUGUCAUCCGGAGCUGGUACAGUUGGUUUGGGUGGAACAGUAAGUAUCGGCAGUGGGUCGUCUACCGCUGCGACGGGUGGAGCUAUUUCCCUUCAAGCAGGGCAAGGCUCAUACGGUGGCAACCUUGGCUUUUAUGCUGGUGCGGGGUCUACUAACGCUGGUGGGAAAGUUACCAUUGCGUCUGGUGCCAGUACCGGUGCUGCAAGUGGAUUGAUCAGUCUCUCGACGGCCAAUGGUGCCGGAAAUAGUGGCGCUUUGUCACUGGCUACAGGCACGUCGUCUGCCGGAACUGGGGGUGACAUUACAGCCACCGUCAGCUCUGGUGCACUAGACACCGGUGGUAAGAUCACUCUGACCGCUGGGUCGAGUAGUGUUGCAGCCGGUGGUAAGAUAUCCGUGACCGGUGGCGGUGGAACUGUGGGAGGAGACGUCGAAUUUAAUGGCGGUGCUGCAAGUGCUGGCACGGGUGGUAACGUUCUACUCAACACCGGAACAGGCACGCUGUCAAGCGGAGGCAUCACCUUGUCCACCCUCGGAGGUGCUGCACAAAGCGGCCCCAUUGCUAUCAACACUGGCACGGGGACUUCCGCUGCAGGUUCUAUUGCAAUGGCUGUGGGAGGAGGGGCCGCAAGUGCUGCCGGCUCCAUUACUCUAACCGCCGGACUGACGUCGUCUGCCUCUGGAACUGGGGGCAAAAUGUUCUUAUACGGAGGUAGCGGGAACAUCGGCGGUGGAAUUACCCUGACUGGCGGGGCUGGCACCAAUUUGGCUGGCGGAAGUUUGGCAUUGACUGGUGGCCUAAGCACUGCUGGCACGGGUGGAGGUGUCCAAUUGGCCACUGGUUCCGGCGCAAGCGGCUUUGGAAGUGGCGCGAUUACAGUUUCAACUGGCGGCGCGUCCGGCUCGUCUGGUGCAAUUUCGCUUACCACGGGCAAUGCUGGUGGCACUGGCUCGAGUGGGGCCAUUACGCUUUCGGUUGGGAGUUCGUCGGGCACUGGACGAGCGUGGGCUGCAACAGCUGGAUUAAGUACCACCAGUAGCGGUGGUAAAGCGUCUCUGGCAGCCGGUGGUGGUGUCACAGGUGGCAAUGUUGAGCUUACAAGUGGGUUGGGUACGUCGACAGGUGGCAAUCUACUGUUGACGAGUGGCGGGGGUUCUUCUUCCGGUACAAGUGGCAAUGUCUACAUCAUCUCAGCAAGUGGCUCUACAACUGGUGGUUCGAUCGCAUUGACCACUGGAACUGCGACUGGCACGAGUGGGGCUAUCACCAUGUCUGUUGGUGCCGGGGGUUCCUCUGCUGGUGGCGCAUUGACACUUCAAUCUGGACAAAGUACGUCAGCUAGUGGCGGUGGCGUUGCCAUCACUGCUGGAAACGGUGCUGCUGGUGGCGGUAUUCAACUGACAGCUGGAACAGGCAGCACGGGUUUGGGUGGCUUCGUGUCGCUCUCAGCUGGCCAAGGAACGGCCGGAAAUGGUGGCUACGUUGAACUCGUCAGUGGAUUUGGUGGUGGGACCAGUGGUUCGAUCACGAUCUCAGCAUCCGGUGCGACGGGAAACAGUGGAGCCGUGACGAUUUCCACUGGAACAUCUAGUACUGCGUCGGCAGGUGCUAUAACAAUUGCCACUGGCGGCACAACCACAGGCGUGGGUUCUGCGGUCACACUGACAUCAGGCACCAGCGCGAACUCUGCGGGUGGUACAACGUUAGUCGUUGGUGGCGCAGGCACAGUUGGUGGUGACGUUCAACUCACCGGCGGGGCUGGAAGCAGUGCCACGGGUACUGGUGGCGGGAAUGUGAACCUUAAUGGGGGUACAGGCACCGCCAGCACGGGUGGCAAUAUCAACUUGGUCACUGGGGCCGGAGCGACGACAAAGGCGAGUGGUCAAAUAACCCUGUCUACUUUGGCUGGCGCCAUUACUAGCGGUAGUAUUUCCCUGUCGACGGGUUCUGCUAGUGCUGGAUCUGGAGGUGUCAUUACUGUGACUGCAGGCACAAGUUCGACCGGGGUUGGCAGUGCAGUCACAGUUACGGCUGGUGAAAGUGCCAACAACAAAGGUGGCAAGUCCAAGGCUGUUGGCGGUCGUGGCACGAUUGGAGGAGACGUGGAACUGACUGGCGGAGUCGGUACUACUGGCCUCGGAGGCAACAUUGUGUUGACGAGUGGAACCGGCGUUGGCUCGAGCGGUGGUGUGACUCUCUCAACGGUCGGCGGGACUAUCAGCAGUGGCUCCAUUGCACUAUCCACCGGAACGUCAACGUCUGGCAAUGGCGGGGGUAUUUCGCUUUCCGCUGGGGGUACUUCCACAGGUCCAGGAACGGCCAUCACCAUCACUCCUGGGGUAAGCAGUGACAAUACCGGUGGGAAGACGACCAUCGUUGGCGGUGGUGGAGUUGUGGGUGGCAACGUCGAACUCACAGGCGGCACUGGAACUACGGCAGCGUCCAUUGCAGGCGGAAAUGUCAUUUUGUCUGGAGGAACCGGAACCCAAGCCACUGGUGGAGGUGUUACACUCGUCAGCGGUGCUGGAGCUGCUACCAUGGCAAGUGGCCAAGUAACGCUGUCGACGUUGGCUGGUGCUGCAACCACUGGCAGCAUUUCACUGAUUUCUGGCGCUGCCACUGCUGGAUCUGGCGGGUCAAUCAGCGUUACCGUGGGCGCGAGCUCGACAGGCGUAGGCAGUGCAGUGACGGUGACUGCAGGCAGUAGCGGCGACAACACUGGCGGCAAGUCAAAGCUUGUCGGUGGUCAAGGUACUGCCGGUGGAAACAUUGAAUUGAACGGUGGUGUGGGUACCGCUGGAAUCGGUGGUAACGUGUUGCUGACAAGUGGGCUUGGCACAACUGCAAGCGGUACCUUGACGUUCUCAACGGUUGGUGGUGCGAUCAAUAGUGGCGCCAUUUCGCUACUCUCUGGAACGUCUACAGCCGGCAACGGUGGUAACAUUGUGGCAACAGUUGGCGGCAGCACAACCGGUGCAGGUGGUGCCAUCGCGCUCACGUCUGGGGCAACGUCGGCUACUGGAGCUACUGGUGGUAAAACAUCUUUGGUUGGUGGUUCCGGUGCCAUAGGAGGCAAUGUCGAAUUGACUGGUGGAGGUGGCGCAAGCGGUGGUAGCGUUGUCUUGACGGGUGGAAGCGGAGUUUCCAAUAGCGGUGGCGACAUUAACCUCGUCAGUGGCGCCGGUGCGGCAACGGCUGCGAGUGGUCGGAUCACAUUGUCCACUGUCGGUGGAGCGGCAACAAGCGGCAGUAUUGCGCUAACUACUGGGGGUGCUACUGCUGGUUCCGGUGGCGUGAUCACAAUCACAGCAGGCUCAAGCUCGUCGGGAGUUGGAAGUUCUGUGACGACCACAGCAGGAGCCACCACUGGAAACACUGGAGGCAAAGCCAGUACCAUUGGUGGACAAGGUUCGGUUGGUGGCAACGUCGAGUUGACCGGAGGUGUUGGUACUACUGGCGUUGGUGGCACCGUUCUAUUGACCAGCGGAUCGGGUUCCACAACCAGCGGUGCUGUUACUCUAUCAACAAUUGGAGGGGCCAUCAACAGUGGAGAUAUUUCACUCUUAUCUGGAACCUCAUCAGCCGGUAACGGCGGCAACAUUGUGGCUACUGUUGGGGGGAGCUCCACCGGAAUUGGUGGUGCAGUAACGAUUACUGCCGGUGCAACGUCGUCGACGACUGCCGCCGGCGGUAAAGCGACGUUGAUUGGAGGUACCGGUGCGGUUGGAGGCAACGUUGAAUUGAAAGCAGGGGCAGGAACGUCGUCGUCUGUCAUUGGCGGAGGAAAUGUCAUUGUGACUGCUGGAGCCGGCUCAGCUAGUACUGGUGGCAGUAUCAGCUUGAUUAGUGGUGCCGGAGCAUCCACGGCUGCGAGCGGUCAAAUUACAUUGUCAACCUUGGCUGGAACUAGUACAAGCGGCAGUAUUUCACUCUCUACAGGAGCAGCAACCGCUGGCUCGGGUGGGGUGAUCAGAAUCACAGCCGGUGCAAGUUCCUCCGGGGUGGGUAGCAGUGUGACCGUCACUGCUGGUAGCACUACUGGUAAUACUGGCGGUACAAGCAAUAUUGUUGGUGGAGCUGGAUCUGUUGGCGGUAACGUAGCGUUGAACGGUGGGGCCGGCACAGCUGGCGUUGGCGGUGACGUGGUAUUGUCCGGCGGAAUAGGUUCGACCACAAGCGGUGCAGUUUCAUUGUCCACUAUUGGCGGUGCCAUCAACAGCGGAGCCAUUUCCUUGUCGACUGGAUCGUCAACGUCUGGCACUGGAGGUGUCAUUUCACUUUCGGUGGGUGCUACGUCCACGGGUGUUGGAAGUGCCAUCUCGUUGACUCCAGGUACCAGUGGUGACGACACUGGCGGCAAAUCGUCCAUUUUUGGCGGGACUGGUGUUAUUGGCGGAAACGUUGAAUUAACAGGUGGCACUGGCACUACAGCGUCCACCAGUGUUGGUGGGGGCAAUGUCAUUUUGUCUGGUGGUGCCGCGACUUUGGGAACGGGUGGCGCCGUCCAGCUCAUCAGCGGAGCUGGUGCCUCUUCCAAAGCAAGUGGGGUGAUUGUUCUCUCCACUUUGGCGGGGGCUGCCACAAGCGGUAGUAUUUCACUCACCACGGGCGAUGCAAGUGCCGGAUCGGGCGGUACGAUCGGAAUCUCCGCGGGUUCGUCGUCUACGGGAGUUGGAAGUGCGGUGACCGUCACUGCAGGCAGCAGCUCAGACAAUACCGGUGGGAAAAGUCGACUAUUUGGCGGGGAAGGUACCGUGGGUGGAAAUGUGGAGCUGACCGGUGGUGUUGGGUCCGCCGGCGCAGGUGGGAACGUGGUCCUCAAGUCUGGGUCUGGUUCCACGGCAAGUGGAGCUCUGACGUUGUCUACACUUGGCGGCGCUAUCAAUAGUGGCGUCAUUUCCAUUCUGUCUGGCACGUCUACUUCUGGAAGUGGUGGCAACAUUGUUGCGACGGUCGGCGAUAGUUCCACUGGAGUGGGUGGCUCCAUUACGUUAACGUCUGGCUUGACGUCAUCGACGACGUUAGCAGGAGGGAAAACGUCCCUUGUGGGUGGGGCUGGUGCGAUUGGUGGCAAUGUCGAGUUGACUGGUGGUGUUGGGUCAGGCACCGCUACCGGCGCUGGAGGUGGCAGCGUGGUGCUAACUGGCGGCUCGGGAACGAGUAACACUGGCGGCAGCAUCAACCUCAUCAGUGGCGCCGGCUCUUCCACCAAGGCAAGUGGUCAAAUCACGUUGUCGACGUUGUCGGGUGCUGCACCGACGGGCAGCAUUUUAUUGACGACGGGCACUGCGACCGCAGGUGGUGGCGGUGGCAUCGCGCUUACUGUUGGAAGUAGUUCGACAGGAGUGGGGAACUCCGUUGCCCUCACUGCUGGCAACAGUGGUGACAACACUGGCGGGAAGAAUACUCUUACCGGAGGACAAGGGCUAGCUGGAGGCAACAUCGAGCUCACUGGGGGGCUGGGUACAACUGGCGUUGGCGGCAAUAUAGUCAUGGUCGGCGGUGCAGGUGCGUCGGGUUCCACCAGCGGCGGCAUCACCCUCUCGACAGUUGGAACUGGAAUGUCCAGCGGGGCAAUUGCUAUCGUCACGGCCGAUUCCACCACUGGAUCUGGCGGUGCGAUUUCGUUGUCGGUUGGGUCCAGCUCUGUCGGCAUCGGUAGCGCUGUGUCGGUCACAGCGGGCGCCAGCAGUCUCUCCACUGGAGGCAAGGCCACCAUCACGGGUGGUGCGGGUACCAUUGGUGGCAACGUGGAGUUGAAAGCUGGCGCUGGCUCUUCCACGGUGGGUGGCAACCUCUUGCUGGUAUCGGGAGCUGGCUCCACCAUCGGGGGGUCCGUCACGGUGCGACUUGGUGCUGGGUCGUCCAGUGGGUCGUUCUCUGUCGCGGACGCCACGGCGUCGUCGCUGCUGACUGUCAGCCCGACGUUGCUGGCAGGUGCGUGUGCUGCCAUUACACUCAGCGCCACCGCCUCGAGCUUGUCGUUGGCGUCGACGGGAGUGGUGCUCACGGGCACGACCACCAAAGUCACGGGCGGCAACUUGCUUGUGGACUCGAACGGGUUUGAGAUCAGCAAUUCUGGUACGCCCAAGUUUACCGUGUCCAACGGAGGCAACAUCGUCACAGCGGGCACAAUGGAAUUGACCAUGGACGCGGCGACGAUCACACACUCUGGCGCGACUUCGCUCGCGGUGACCACGCCUUCGUUUUCGCUCACGGUCACCAAUGACAUCACGCUGGGCUCGGCUGCGCAGACGGCGCCCAUUACAUUGAACGGCCCGAUCACGGCGGCCAGUUCCGUGGCGAUUGGAACGUCUGCCACCGUUGGCAGCACACUUAGCGUCACAUCCACCACAAGUUUGAAUGGGUUGGUCAAGAUGGCGGGAGCAUUCACGUCGUCCGCCAUCACAUCGACCACGAGUUGCACACAAGGCGACUUCAAGUACGACACGACAGACUUGUACAUUUGCGUUGGCGUCACGUACAAAAGAGUGACGUACACGGCGUGGUGAUUUCAAGACAAUAUCAAAGUAGAAAUAGCAAUUGCAUUUGCACUAGUAUUAUUUAAUAGACAUUUCAUGUUUGUGUAA